AUGUACCUCGCCAGGGGAACGAGCUCCGUGUCGAUCCGGAUACCGUCAUCGAACGAGUCGUCUCCGCAGCCCUUCAGUAGUGCUUCAAGGGCCAACCACCCGGCCAAACACCCCUUCUCUCAACGGGGUAGACAGACAGCAAUAGCACCCACGCGGCGCCAUCCCCACACUGCCACUACCCAAAGCCGUGACCGAGGAGGUAGGCUCCUGCGCAACCCCCUAAACAGAUGCUCAUUGUACAUGAAGUGGCAGCUGAAGGAUGGAGUGGGUCUGGUGGCAAGGUGUGAGUACGACGCCGUGCUGCCUCCUGCCAGUAAACCCACCUACGUCAGCAUCAAGGCUCGUCUGAACGAUGUGACUCCAGGUUACAAUCGCACGAGUAAUCUGUCUGAAGGGAUGGACUGGAGGAAGAAGCUGGAUCCCCAGAGAGGAGCGGUGCUGGCCACGGAGCUAAAGAACAACAGCUGCAAGAUCUCCAAGUGGGCACUGUGUGCGCACCUCGCUGGCACCAGCUUCAUCAAGUUUGGGUGA